GUCGACAGUUCAGAGCAAACGGAGGUCGUCCUUGUUUUGUGAUUGGAUCAAAUAUGCCAACAAAAGUCUGAUUGACAAUAUCUUGCAGCUGCAAACGUCUUUGCAAGUUAAGUUACAAUAAAGCCGAAAUAAAACCUAACAUAAGGCGAGAGAAUAAAUCGACUGCAGUACAGAAUGGCUAAAGGACAAGGUGUGAACCAGGAACUGUCGGCGAUCCUGAACCAGCUAUGGGCAGCUGAUGAGAAUCGCUUGAAGCCUGGGAAAGAUUACGCAAUCUGUCUGCAGGGGAAAGCGGGGUAUGUUGCUCCAGGCAGUAACAAUGCCAGAGACAGAGCUUCGUUGCCUCUGUUCACCUACGUGAAUGAGGAGCGGCUGAAAAGCUUAAAGACUUAUGACACGUUUAUAUCCCUGCUGGACAACUAUGAGAUGUCAACUGGGGUUUCAGAGACUGUUACAUCUGAAGAAGUCGCCGAGAACAACCGCUUUCUUGAUGCUGUUCUAGAGACUAAAGUUAUGAAGCUUGCUCACCAAUAUCUGGUUGGUAAAAAACAGGCCAGGCCAGACCCUAAGGAAUUCAAGACCCAGCUGUAUAACAUCUGGUUUCAGCUUUACAACAGGGACAGAAGCAGCGGAGCGGACUCCUGUGGAUUUGAGCAUGUUUUUGUUGGAGAGACUAAAUAUGGCAAAGAAAUCAUGGGGCUCCAUAAUUGGAUUCAAUUCUACCUGCAGGAAAAGCAUAACCAUGUUGAUUACAAAGGUUAUAAGGCAAGAGACAACAAAUCCACGCCCGAUGAAGACGAUCAUGUUUUAAGCCUUCAGUUCAGCUGGAAGGGAUUGGUGAAGCCAGUUGGCAGCAGUUUCAUUGGGGUGAGCCCCGAGUUUGAGUUUGCAGUCUACACCAUUGUUUUCAUGAUGUCCCAGGAUAAAGUCACCAGUGCAAUUGUGAGAGUGGAUGAGUAUCAGCUGGAGCUGGUCGUGUACCGCCAUGGGAGGUGCAUUGGAACCUCGUUUCCAAAACUUCUGAGCAGCAACAACAGGCAGUGAAAUGAGCACCGUGUGUACUACUCCUUUUUUGUUUUUUUCUUUAACCCUUUACAAAUGCCGGUCUUGCCAGAUAUGGCCAAUCAUAUCUUGCAAAAAAAAUUGCUCCUGUGCCAAUGCUUGAAACUGUAUUUCUGUAGCUGAGUGCCUUAAAAGAUGAAUCAGUCGAUUCAAAAGAUGAUUUCAGUCACGUAACAUUACAUAGAUGUGCCACAUCAAUGAGUUACUUUACAUAAUUGUCCUAAUAUUUAAUUUUCCCUGUUUUAAUAUCCUAAUAUGUGCGUUUUAUAUGAUUCUUCGGUGUUGUUUCUGCUUAGAUCAUUAUUUAAACUGAAGCCUGUUGCGUUAAGGAUUUUUUUUAGAAGCUAUUUCUUAACGAUCUAAGCAGAAAUAACAAUUUAAUAUUGAAGAACUGAAACAGUAGAACAAUGCAGAGGGUAUGCCUUCAGAAGAUUUAUAAACCCAUAGUGGCCUCCAUAAAUGUUAUUAUUUUUUUAAUUUAAGUUCUAUAUGUUUUAAACCUUUUACAAAGUGUAAUGAGAAGUAUGUGUCUGGGUCAUUUAUUUCAAGACGUAUGAUUUAAAAUCUUAUAUGCUGCAGCUUUGUGUUCUAGAGCAGCGCCUUGUAUGUAUUUUUUUUUUUUUUUCAUUUUGUGAUUAAAUUGACGUUUUGACUAAAUAAAUUUCAUUUGUUUUAUAUAUGUAUAAUUCAGAGUAUUGGAAAUCCUCAGAGAGCAUCUGAGUUUCUCCAAGCAUGAAUAUCCUGACAGACAUCUACAGUGUGAGGUAUUUUCUGUGUACUAUGAAGAUCUAUGGUGUGUUUCACUUCAUCUCAAAUACCCUGUGUUCUAUACCCAUGGUUAUGUGUUUCUCUUGUGUUCAUCUUACUUGUACUAUAAAGGAGUUUGUCUGUACAGUACACUGCAUUGUACAUUAUUUGAAAAUAAAACAGAAUACAUAUCA